UGAAGUCAACAAUAACACCAAGCUGCCAAUUCUUGCUCUUCCUUUCUCUCGCCCCCCUCUGUAAUUCCAAUCUCAUCUCCCAAAGAUACUAAAACCAUGGCGGAAGACUUGGUAAAUUCUCUCAUAUCAACUACCCACGCCUCCGACACCAGCCCCUCCGUCCAGCUUCAUCCACUAGUUCUCCUCACAAUAUCGGAUUCUAUUACACGCCACACUCUACGUCAGCAAAAGGGGCCGGUAGCUGGAGCUAUAUUAGGUCAGCAGAAUGGCCAGGAAAUCACAAUGGAGGUUGCAUUUCAGGCAAAGCUGAAGGAGAACGAUGAUGGGGACGUAGUGCUGGAUGACGAAUGGUUCAGCAAGCGGUUAGAUGACUUCAAAGACGUCCACAAGCAACCUCCACUCGACAUCGUCGGUUGGUUCACGCUCGGUCCUGCAUCAGGCCCACAGCUGCAACACCUUCCGAUUCACCGUCGGAUUUCAGAACUCUACAAUGAUACGCCAAUUCUCUGCCUCUUCCAUCCAGCUGAUGCUCGGUCUGAGGCCACCGCUGCUGGCAAGCUACCCCUCACUCUCUACGAAUCCGUAUAUGAGAAUCCCACUGGUGGGCCGAACGACAAGGCUAUGGACAUUGAUGGUGCGGUACACACCAAACUACUGAAAUUCAAGGAGCUGGUGUAUACUGUUGAGACUGGAGAAGCUGAGAUGAUUGGCGUAGAUUUUGUUGCGCGGGGAGGCGGGAAUGCGACGGCUGUUGAGGCAACAAGUGCGCCUAUACCGAAAGGAGAGGGAAACAAGCCGACGGAAGAAGAGAAGGGGAAGAAAGGGAAGGGCAAGCAAAAAGAAAAGCAGAGGGAGGAAACCAUCGAUGAGUCUACAGUGCUAACUGCGGAAGACGAAGAGCUCCUAUCUACUCUCACAGCAAAAGCAAACGCCAUCCGCAUGCUCUCGCGCCGGAUAUCCCUGUUACGCGCCUACCUCGCCUCCCUCCCACCAUCUUACCUCUCCGACCACUCUCUCCCGCUCACACCCCCGCCCGACGCCAAACACCCGCUCCCAUUAAACCACACCAUCCUCCGCAGCAUCUCCGCCAUGCUCUCUCGCAUCAACAUCCUCGCCCCACCCGACUCCGAAGCCUUCACCCUCGAAUCGCACCAAGAAUCUUCCGACGUACAACUAAUCGCGCUGUUAUCUUCAAUCACAAACUCAGUGUCCGCAGCCAAGGAAUUUGGUCGCAAGAGCAAUAUCAUCGAGCACGCAAAACACCAGGGUAGGAAAGGCGGACUCGGCAUGAUGAUGAGCGGGUACGAAGGGUCCGGCGGUCCUGGCAACUAUCUCGACAUUAUGGGCGCGGGAGGUGGACGGCAAUUUGGCGCUGAGAGGUGGGGAUGAUCAUGAGGAUAUGAUACGGUUAGACACUCGCAUCGAGUAUCUUUGACUGACGGCCCUCUGAUAGGGAACGAGCGACUCGGUUCUCGGAGUGCGUCGUGAGGAGAUGGCAGCAGUGUCGAGCUGAGUUGGCUCCUUGGUGGCUUAGGAAGGGGGCUAUUUAAGGGCUAUAGCAUGGUGGAAUGGUGCCUUUGAGAUUGGCAUAGAAGGCGUUGCUAUGCAUGCGUGCGCGCACGCUCUAGAAAAAGCUGCAUAGAUAGAUAAUCCUAACGAACGAGGACAUCGCGAGGGAGCUUCGCCUUGUCUGGGACUCAAAUGAAUGGGUUUCGAGUAGAACUAAGCAAGAGAGUCUUUUUAACAG